ACUUAUUCAGACUUAACUCUACCAUCUCUCCUCUUGUUAUAAUUCACUUUACAUCUAGUCUUUGGACAUGGCUUCGUUAGCAUUCUCGACCACCGAGACUAGUAUUUUCCCGUCGAGCGCGCUGACUUCCAACGGGUCAGCCCAUGGUAGAGAUGGGUUCAUAUUGGGGAGAUCCAUUUUUUUCAAGAACAGCAACACUAGGGACUUAAAAAUCAUGAAGGUUGCGACCAAAUCGCCGGAAACUAUCCCAUCACCGGAAAAAGAAAUUUCCGAUGACAGGAAGCUUGCCGCAUGGACAAGCAUCCGGCAGGAGAGGUGGGAAGGAGAGAUUGUCGUUGAAGGCGAAGUUCCUCUCUGGCUGAGAGGGACGUACCUUCGAAACGGGCCGGGCUUAUGGAACAUAGGGGACUACAACUUCCGCCACCUCUUCGACGGCUACGCCACGCUCGUUCGACUUCACUUCGAAAACGGCCGACUAACGAUGGGCCACCGCCAGAUCGAAUCGAAAGCGUACAAAGCCGCCAAAACCACAAACAAGCUGUGUUACCGCGAAUUCUCGGAGGUCCCAAAACCGGACAACUUCUUGUCAUACAUCGGCGACCUAGCGAAACUUUUCUCCGGCGCAUCGCUGACCGAUAACGCCAACACUGGUGUGGUUAAACUAGCGGAUGGACGGGUCGUUUGCCUGACGGAGACGAUUAAAGGGUCAAUACUGAUUGACCCGGAGACUCUCGACACGCUGGGGAAAUUCGAAUACAGUGACAAAUUGGGCGGGUUAAUACACUCGGCCCACCCGAUCGUGACGGAUACGGAGUUUUUGAACUUGUUGCCCGAUUUGAUUAACCCGGGUUAUUUGGUUGUGAGGAUGGAGCCGGGUACGAACGAGAGGAAGGUAAUCGGGCGGGCAAACUGUCGAGGCGGCCCCGCACCAGGAUGGGUCCACUCGUUCCCGGUGACCGAACAUUAUGUGAUUGUGCCCGAAAUGCCGUUGAGGUAUUGUGUCCAAAAUUUAUUGAAGGCCGAGCACACACCACUUUAUAAGUUUCAGUGGUGUCCGGAGUCCAAAGGGUUUAUGCAUGUUAUGUGCAAGGCCACUGGCAAGAUUGUGACGAGUGUGGAAGUUCCACUGUAUGUGACAUUUCAUUUCAUCAACGCAUACGAAGAGAGAGAUGAAGAUGGUCGCGUGAUGGCGGUCAUCGCCGACUGCUGUGAACACAACGCCGAUACAACGAUCCUAGACAAGCUCCGCCUGCAGAACCUCCGAGCAUUUUCCGGCGAGGAUGUCUUGCCAGAUGCUAGGGUUGGUCGUUUUGUAAUACCAUUAGAUGGGAGUCCAUAUGGGAAAUUAGAGGCAGCGUUGGAUCCAGAAGAACAUGGCAAGGGUAUGGACAUGUGCAGCAUCAACCCUUUCUACUUGGGCAAGAAAUACAGAUAUGCUUAUGCUUGUGGUGCCAAACGCCCUUGUCAUUUCCCCAACACCCUUACUAAGCUGGAUUUGGUGGAAAAGAAGGCGAAGAGCUGGUUCGACGAGGGUUCUGUACCCUCAGAACCAUUCUUUGUGCCCCGGCCUGGUGUUACAGAAGAAGACGACGGGGUGGUGAUCUCCAUAAUAAGCGACAAAAACGGCGAAGGAUAUGCAUUGGUGUUGGAUGGAUCAUCGUUUGAAGAAAUUGCCAGAGCAAAGUUCCCUUACGGUCUUCCCUAUGGGCUUCAUGGAUGCUGGAUCCCAAAAUAGAACUAGCUAAAAAUGGAUUGCACCUUCAUUUCCAUCACUAGCACACUGCCUCGGAUUGAAAUGCUCUUUUGAAAUGUAGUCUUUACAUGCACGUUCGAACAAAGCCGUGUCUGGAAUUGUCUGAUACACGUGAACCUCGCUAAAUGAUGACGGACUUGUAUAAAUUGGACGAUUCCAGACACGUCCAUGCACAUAAAUCAUAUGCUUAAUAUUGCUCGUAAAAUAUGUCAUGAGUUUAUGUUUUUGUGUCAGCGAUCAUCAGUGACAGAGUGACUUGUUCAUAUAUAUAUAUCAUAGUGCUGUUUGGGAAUGAGAGGAAUGUAAAUGGGGAUUACAGAUGCUCUGGCCUUCUUAGAUUUAUUCCUAGCAAUGUAAAUUGCCGGAUUGUAUGGAAGUUGUUGUUCUAAUUUAAUAUUUUACACUAAUAUGUUUAAUUAGA